AAAGAGAUGUAGGGUCUGGGAUAAGAGAGGCUUCUCUAGCACCUGAAGGGCCAGCACACUCCACUGAUUCACUCUGCAGGCCUGCACAACACCUGAGACUUUGACAGGAUGGGUGACGCGCUGAUGGCGGAGUUCGGGGCCGCUGCCCCUUUCCUGCGCAAGUCGGAGAAGGAGCGUAUAGAGGCGCAGACUCGCCCCUUCGACAUGAAGAAGGAGUGCUUCGUACCCGACCCCGUGGAGGAGUACGUGAAGGGGUCGGUCGUCAGCCGCGACGGGGACAAAGCCACCGUCGAGACGGGGAAAGGCAAGACCGUCACUGUAAAGGAGUGUGAUGUACACCCUCAGAACCCGCCCAAGUUUGAUAAAAUCGAAGACAUGGCCAUGUUCACCUUCCUGCACGAGCCCGCUGUGCUGUUUAACCUCAAAGAGCGUUACGCAGCCUGGAUGAUCUACACCUACUCUGGGUUGUUCUGUGUCACUGUCAACCCCUACAAGUGGCUGCCUGUGUACGACUCUGCUGUUGUUGCUGCCUACAGAGGCAAGAAGAGGACAGAAGCUCCUCCCCACAUCUUCUCCAUCUCUGACAACGCCUAUCAGUACAUGCUGGCAGACAGAGAAAACCAGUCCAUCCUGAUCACUGGAGAAUCCGGUGCUGGGAAGACUGUGAACACCAAGAGGGUCAUUCAGUACUUCGCCAGCAUUGCGGCUGUGGGCGGGAAGAAGGACUCAGCAGCGGCUAACAAGGGCACCCUGGAGGAUCAAAUCAUCCAGGCCAACCCAGCCCUGGAGGCCUUUGGCAAUGCCAAGACUGUGAGGAACGACAACUCCUCACGAUUCGGCAAGUUCAUCCGAAUUCACUUCGGGGCCAGUGGAAAGCUUGCUUCCGCUGAUAUUGAGACCUAUCUGCUGGAGAAGUCUCGUGUGACCUUCCAGCUCAAGUCUGAGAGAGACUAUCACAUCUUCUACCAGAUCCUGUCCCAGAAGAAGCCAGAGCUGCUGGAGAUGCUGCUCAUCACCAACAACCCCUAUGACUACACCUAUAUCUCCCAAGGAGAGACCACAGUGGCAUCCAUUGAUGAUGCUGAGGAGCUGAUGGCCACAGAUAGCGCCUUUGAUGUUCUGGGCUUCACUCAGGAAGAGAAGAACGGCAUCUACAAGCUGACUGGAGCCAUCAUGCACUACGGCAACAUGAAGUUCAAGCAGAAGCAGCGAGAGGAACAGGCAGAGUCUGAUGGCACUGAGGAUGCUGACAAGUCUGCCUAUCUGAUGGGUCUGAACUCUGCUGAUCUCAUCAAGGGUCUGUGUCACCCAAGGGUGAAAGUAGGGAAUGAAUGGGUGACCAAGGGGCAGAAUGUCCAGCAGGUGUACUAUUCCAUUGGUGCACUGUCCAAGGCAGUGUAUGAGAAGAUGUUCCUGUGGAUGGUGGUGAGAAUCAACCAGUCCCUGGACACCAAGCAGCCUCGCCAGUACUUCAUCGGUGUGCUAGACAUCGCCGGGUUCGAGAUCUUUGAUUUCAACACCUUUGAGCAGAUGUGCAUCAACUUCACCAACGAGAAGCUGCAGCAGUUCUUCAACCACCACAUGUUUGUGCUGGAGCAGGAGGAGUACAAGAAGGAGGGGAUCGAAUGGGAGUUCAUUGACUUCGGCAUGGACCUGCAGGCCUGCAUUGACCUCAUCGAGAAGCCCAUGGGUAUCAUGUCCAUCCUUGAAGAGGAGUGCAUGUUCCCCAAGGCCAGUGACGCCACCUUUAAAGCCAAGCUGUAUGACAACCACUUGGGAAAAUCCAACAACUUCAACAAGGACCCCCUGAAUGAGACAGUGGUGGGGCUGUACCAGAAGUCUUCUGUCAAGCUGCUCAGCAACCUGUUCUCCAACUAUGCCGGUGCAGAUUCAGCUCAAGAGAGCAAAGGAAAAGGAGGAGGAAAGAAGAAGGGUUCUUCCUUCCAGACUGUCUCUGCUCUGCACAGGGAGAACCUUAACAAGCUGAUGACAAACCUGAGGUCCACCCACCCUCACUUUGUGCGCUGUCUCAUCCCCAAUGAGACCAAGACUCCAGGAGCCAUGGAGAAUUCUCUGGUGAUGCACCAGCUGCGCUGUAAUGGUGUGCUGGAAGGCAUCAGGAUCUGCAGAAAGGGUUUCCCCAACAGGAUCCUGUACGGGGACUUCAAACAGAGAUACCGCAUCCUGAACCCCUCUGCCAUCCCUGAAGGCCAGUUCAUAGACAGCAAGAAGGGAGCAGAGAAACUGCUGGGGUCCCUGGACAUUGACCACCAGCAGUAUAAGUUCGGACACACCAAGGUGUUCUUCAAGGCUGGUUUACUGGGUCAGCUGGAGGAGAUGAGAGAUGACCGCUUGUCUCUCAUCAUCACUGCUAUCCAGGCCAGGUCCCGUGGUCUUCUCUCAAGAAUUGAGUACCAGAAAAUCGUAGAGCGCAGGGAUUCCCUGCUCGUGAUCCAGUGGAAUGUACGAGCCUUCAUGGGUGUGAAGAAUUGGCCCUGGAUGAAGCUGCGCAGAGACCUGGAAGAGGCCACUCUGCAGCAUGAGGCCACAGCCUCCACACUGAGGAAGAAACAUGCCGACAGUGUGGCAGACCUUGGCGAGCAGAUAGACAACCUGCAGAGGGUGAAGCAGAAGCUGGAGAAGGAGAAGAGCGAGCUCAGGCUGGAGCUGGAUGAUGUGGUCUCCAACAUGGAGCAGAUCGUCAAGAACAAGACUAAUUUGGAAAAGAUGUGCAGGACUCUGGAAGACCAGAUGAAUGAGUUCCGGACCAAGUCUGAAGAAAGCCAGCGUGCUGUCAAUGACUUUACUAUGCAGAAAGCCAAGUUGCAGACUGAGAAUGGGGAGCUGUCCAGGCAGCUGGAAGAGAAGGAGUCUCUAGUUUCCCAGCUGACUAGAGGCAAGCAGUCCUAUACCCAGCAGAUUGAGGACCUCAAGAGACAACUGGAAGAGGAAGUCAAGGCGAAGAAUGCGCUGGCCCACGCAACGCAGUCUGCUCGCCAUGAUGCAGACCUGCUGAGGGAGCAGUAUGAGGAGGAGCAGGAGGCCAAGGCUGAGCUGCAGCGCAGUCUGUCCAAGGCCAAUGCUGAAGUGGCUCAGUGGAGAACCAAAUACGAGACUGAUGCCAUCCAGAGGACAGAGGAGCUGGAGGAUGCAAAGAAGAAGCUGGCUCAGAGGCUGCAGGAUGCAGAGGAGGCCGUGGAGGCUGUGAACGCUAAAUGCUCCUCCCUGGAGAAGACCAAACACCGUCUGCAGAAUGAGAUCGAAGAUCUGAUGGUGGAUCUGGAGAGGUCUAAUGCAGCUGCUGCCGCUUUGGACAAGAAACAGAGGAACUUUGACAAGAUCCUGAGCGAGUGGAAGCAGAAGUUUGAAGAGUCACAGAGUGAGCUGGAGGGCUCCCAGAAGGAGGCCAGGUCACUCAGCACUGAGCUCUUCAAGCUGAAGAACGCUUAUGAGGAGUCUCUGGAGCACCUGGAGACUCUGAAGAGGGAGAACAAGAACCUGCAAGAGGAAAUUUCUGACCUGACCGAGCAACUUGGUGAGGGAGGCAAGACCAUCCAUGAACUGGAGAAAGCCAGGAAGCAGCUGGAGCAGGAGAAGAGUGAGAUCCAAGCUGCUCUAGAGGAGGCAGAGGCCUCUCUGGAGCACGAGGAAGGAAAGAUCCUGAGAGCCCAGCUGGAGUUUAACCAGAUCAAGGCCGAUAUUGAGCGCAAGCUGUCUGAGAAGGACGAGGAGAUGGAGCAGGCGAAGAGGAACCACCAGAGGGUGGUGGACUCGCUGCAGACCUCCCUGGAGGCAGAGACCCGCAGCAGGAACGAGGCCUUGAGAAUAAAGAAGAAGAUGGAGGGAGACCUCAAUGAGAUGGAGAUCCAGCUCAGCCAGGCCAACAGGCUGGCGGCAGAAGCCCAGAAACAGCUGAAGAGCCUGCACUCCCAUCUGAAGGAUGCUCAGCUGCAGCUGGACGACUCCCUCCGUGUCAACGAUGACCUGAAGGAGAACAUCGCCAUUGUGGAGAGACGCAACAACCUGCUGCAGGCGGAGCUGGAGGAGCUGCGCUCGGUGGUGGAGCAGACAGAGAGAGCCCGCAAGCUGGUGGAGCAGGAGCUGCUGGACGUCAGCGAGAGGGUGCAGCUGCUGCACUCCCAGAACACCAGCCUGAUCAACCAGAAGAAGAAGCUGGAGGCCGACACGUCCCAGCUCCAGACGGAGGUGGAGGAGGCUGUGCAGGAGUGCAGGAACGCAGAGGAGAAGGCCAAGAAGGCCAUCACUGACGCUGCCAUGAUGGCAGAGGAGCUGAAGAAGGAGCAGGACACCAGCGCUCACCUGGAGCGCAUGAAGAAGAACAUGGAGCAGACCAUCAAGGACCUGCAGCACCGUCUGGACGAGGCGGAGCAGAUCGCCAUGAAGGGCGGCAAGAAGCAAGUCCAGAAGCUGGAGGCCCGUGUGAGGGAGCUGGAGAAUGAGUUGGAGGCUGAGCAGAGGAAGGGCACUGAGUCUGUGAAGGGUGUUCGAAAAUAUGAGAGACGUAUCAAGGAGCUCACUUACCAGACGGAGGAGGACCGUAAGAAUAUGGCCCGCCUGCAGGAUCUGGUGGACAAACUGCAGCUGAAGGUGAAAUCCUACAAGAGAGCUGCUGAGGAGGCUGAGGAGCAGGCCAACACCAACCUGGGCAAGUUCCGCAAGUUGCAGCACGAGCUGGACGAGGCUGAGGAGAGGGCUGACAUUGCGGAGUCCCAGGUCAACAAGCUGCGCGCCAAGACCCGUGAAGUGGGCUCCAAGAAAGGGCUUGAUGAAGAGUGAAGCUCUCAGAUGGACCUUUCUGAAAACCUCUAGUCUGCUGUGCUUUAGUCCCCCUUGCUUUCUCUCUGCUCUUCCUCUAAUUCUGUAGAAUAAAACCGGUUUCAAAACGAA